UAUUCAGUGCUUUCAGUGCCUAGCUAGUUAGCAAACUAGAAGUACUCGGACUUAAUAACUAAACCAUGGCUGAGGGAACAAAAAAAAAAUGACUGAUUCACGAGUUUUACUUGUUUCACGUGGUCAUAAUGUUGCUGUCCUAACGGUAUCUCAAGAGCACAAUGGUCCUGGUGAUGCUGACAGAUGAACACGGUUUCUACUGAAGAGCUCAACGUAUUCUUUUUCUGACCUCUUUCCCCAAUCGUCCAGGUGUAUUUUUUUUUUUUUACCUGGGAGGUUGUUUUCGGUCUUUUUUAUUUAUUGUUUAUUAAUUAAUUUAUUUAUUUUACUCAAACGACUGUUCCGCCAUGUCUGGUGCAAACUUUAUGGCAAGGAUGAAGUCCGCUUUCAGGAAGGAGCGGGAGGAUUGGGACCUCAGUGACACGGCUACUUUUGAUUUUUCGGACGAUCUGGCAGAUGAUGAAACUCCCAAAUUUAACAAAUUAAAGGUAGUUGUCUCUGGAGAAAUGGACGAUUACUCAGCUGGUGCUGCAUCUAAUGGGACGCCCGUCAAUACCAUCGUUGUAGACGAUGAUGACUCGCUUCUCGAUUCAAGUCUUGGGAGCCCAGGUGUGAAUAUGGACCCCUGCGAAAGCUGUUUGAAAAGAAAGGAGCGGGUGAAACAACGGAGGGUGAUGAAGAAGCUUGGCUGUGCCGCUGUAUUGUAUUUCCUUUUCAUGAUAGGAGAACUCGUGGGUGGUUAUGUCGCCAAUAGCCUGGCAAUCAUGACUGAUGCACUUCAUAUGCUGACGGAUCUUAUUGGAAUCAUUGUGUCUUUGCUGGCCUUGUGGCUUUCAGCAAAGCCUCCAUCGGACAGAUUCACCUUUGGAUUGCAUCGCUUGGAGGUGGUGUCAGCAGGGAUCAGUGUAUUGCUCAUAUAUAUACUGACUGGAGUGCUAUUGAAUGAAGCUGUGCAGAGGUCCAUUCAUCAGGACUUCAGCAUAGAUGGAGAUGUCAUGCUCAUUACAGCUGCAGUUGGAGUUGCAGUGAAUCUAAUAAUGGGAUUCCUGUUAAACCAGACGGGGCACCUCCACUCGCAUUCCCAUGGGGCCCCUCAGCCAAGCCAGGCCCACGGUCACGGUCAUGGCCACGGCCACGGGCAUCAGCGGGGCCAUGGCAGCCUGGCAGUGAGGGCUGCAUUCAUCCAUGCACUGGGUGAUCUGGUUCAGAGCAUUGGUGUGCUCAUUGCAGCCUACGUGGUCCGCUUCAAGCCAGAGUAUAAACUGGCAGACCCUAUCUGCACAUAUGUGUUUUCUGUCCUGGUGCUAUUUACCACUGUGAGAAUCAUAAGGGACACCGGGGUUAUUGUACUGGAAGGGACUCCAAGGCAUCUGAAUGUGGCACGCAUCAGGGAGGACUUGUUGAAGCUGGAGGACGUGCAUUCAGUGGACGAGCUGAACAUUUGGGCACUCACCGCAGAUAAGACAGUGGCCCUCGUCCAUCUCCAGCUCUUGCCGUCUAACAGUGGGAACUGGGAGGAGGUCCAGGCGAAGGCCCGGCACCUGCUGCUGCACACACAUGGAGUGUCCCGAUGCACAGUCCAGCUCCAGUGUUCCAGGCUCAGGGCACCAGACACAUGCACAAACUGCCAAUCUCCCAGUGCCUGAACACACACACACACACACACACUCUCUCUUUCUUUCAUACAGAGCUUAUGCUCACACCCCAUAGCACACACAUUGGUGCAGCUUUUCGACCAUGCAAGUUAUCUCAGAACUGCAGAUCAUAUGAAUGUCUUCGAAGCUGCUACGAAGCUGUAGACAUGUAUUAUGCAAGAAAGUGGAAUCAUUUUUGCAUUGGAAGUGCCAAAGGAUAUUGGUCUAGUUUCUGUCGAUGAUUGCACUUUUCUAAAGGAAAAAACACAUUGCAUAUUCUUCCCAGGUUUUUAAAGCUGAUACUUGCAGAGCUUUUGUAAAAUAAAUUCGAUUUUUGAUAUGUUUAAUACAAAUCAAAUUCAACUAAGUACAUGUUUAGUUGUUUUAACAUAGUCAUGGUCUGUGAGCAGAUUUUUUUGUUUACCUUAUUGUAUAUAAUUAUUUGGGUUAUUUUAUUUAGUGUGUGUGUGUGUGUGUGUGUGUGUGUGUGUGUGCGUGGAUAUUAAAUGGCUCUUAAAGUCAAGUAUAAUGUCUGAGAAAGUGUCAUGUUGAAUUCUUUUGGGUAUAUCAUGUCCUUUGGCCUCAAGGGGGACCUUACUCAUGCAGAUCUGCAUCUUUCUUCACUCAUGAUGUCUCCAUUAUGAUUUGCCUUUGUUUUCAGACUAACUGACUGUGUCAUUUGUCGUCUUUCUUUCCAUGGAAACGUAUUCAGAGACCAUGGAAGUUCAGUGCAGUAUUUACCAGACAGAAAGGUGAUUAUGAAAGACAUGCCGGCUUGGGUUUUGAGUGACCCAGUGGCAUCAUUUCCUACUGGUUUGUGACCUGUGGAUUCAGGUCAUGUGGCUUGAAACAGAAAAUCUAGCAUCGUUAUAUCAUGCACAAAGUGAGUGCAUCCUCUCGUAAAUGCAGUGUUGGCAGUUGCUUGUUGUUUCUUUGGUGAUGUGUUGCCACACAAAUGAUAAUCAGAUUUAUUUUGCUUUCUUUGAUAAAAUAGUUACCAGAUUUUUAAAAAGUGGUGCAUCAUGUUGAGUGUACGUUUUACAUGUGUAGUAUGCUCCAUGCCAUGCAAAUUAUUUAUGUAAACCACAACCAAAGCAUACUGAACUGCAUAAACAUUUAGAAAAUGCAUCUCACCUCUGCCAGUAAUCUAUAUCAUGCCUUCAGACCCUUAACUGUAUGUGCACAGCUCUGAAUGAUAAAGGCAUAUUGUGCCAAUGUCUUUCUUGUACAGUAAUUUACAAUGUUAUGGCCUCACGAUAGUUAAUUAUUUGGAUGUAAAUGGAAAUGACUGUCCUGCUUUUUGUGUUUCCAUGAUAAAAUUGUAAUAACAUUUGCCACAGGUGGUAAAAUGCUUUGAAAUGGAAUCCAUUCCUUGUCAUGAUGGGCUUUUGACACAACACUUGGGACAUAAUUUGCACAUUCCUUUAACUGGAACAUACAGUGUUUAUGUUGGCAGUAUUGCUGUUGUCUUAUUGAUUUAUCUGUUUGUUUCAUGUGGUUAGAAUCUCAUUGACAUAUCAUGUAUGUGGCUUUUCACUGACACUGAAAAUGUGAAUAGCUGGGUGUUUUGUUUGAAAUAAAUAAUUUCAGUAUC